CAUUUGUGGAAGAUCAACAAAAGCCAAAGUAUCCAUAUUAAUUGAUUUCAUUAGUUGUUCCAACUAUGGAGGUGAAGGCAAAACCAACUCUAGAAGAUGACACAAUAACAACACUCUACGAAGCAUCACUGAAUGGCUGUGUGAGUACCUUAAACGCAAUGAUCCAGAGGAACCCUUUUAUUCUGAACAGAGUUUCACUCUCUUCCUUCAGUGAAACUCCAUUACACAUAGCAUCUUUGCUUGGCCAUUUGGAAUUCUGUGAGGUUCUUCUUAACAGUAAACCCAGUUUAGCUAGUGAAGCUGACUCUGAAGGUCGUUUCCCUCUUCAUCUGGCUUCUGCUGAAGGCCACACUGAGGUUGUGAAGGCUCUUUUGCUUACAAACCCAAAUGUUUGCUUUGCUCUGGACAAAGAUGACAGGAUUCCUCUCCACUUAGCUGCAAUGAGGGGACGAAUAGGAGCUAUUCAGGAGUUGACCAGAGCCAGACCUGACUCCAUUCAUCAGAUCUUUGAUGAUGGUUCUGUUUUGCAUUUGUGUGUUAGGUAUAAUCAUUUGGAGGCCUUGAAAUUCCUUGUGCAAUCAGCAACAAGCAACCAACAGUUUCUGCUUGCCAAAGACAAAGAGGGUAACACAGUUCUGCAUUUAGCAGUGAGGCUAAAACAAAUUAAGACCAUAAAAUACUUACUUAUGCUACCCGAAAAGAGAAUAGCAGCUACUGCUUUAAAUAAUGCAGGUUUGACAGCUAUGGAGGUAUUGGAGCGCUGUCCAAGAGAUUUUAUUAGCCUAAAAAUUGAAGACAUGUUACUUGAAGCUGGAGUUCAAACAGGAACUACACAAGGAUCAUCAUCACCAAGCAUCAUUAGUCAAACAGAACCACUAUCACAACAAUCCAAGAGAAGCAAAAUCUGGGAGACAUUAUGGUUAAAAUACUUGCAAUAUCAAAGUAAUUGGAUAGAAGAGAAACGGGGGACAUUGAUGGUGGUGGCGACUGUAAUUGCCACCAUGACUUUUCAGUCAGCAAUAAGUCCACCAGGUGGGGUUUGGCAAGAAGACACAUCAAGUGGUGGACUCAACUGCACUACUUAUGGCAUUUGUAAAGCAGGGACUGCAAUUUUAGCUUAUGAUUGGCCACGUGGGUUUCUAAAGUUCAUGACCUUCAACACUACUUCUUUCUUUUCCUCUCUUUGUGUGGUGCUGCUGCUCAUUAGCGGGUUUCGCCUUGAGAAUAAGCUCAUGAUGUGGAUCUUGACCGUGGCUAUGACCUCGGCGCUCACAUUCAUGGGGCUCACAUACUUUUGGGCACAGAGCUUGGUGACCCCCGAUCACAUUGUUGAUGAAGUUAAUAGGAUGGGAGUUCCUUUGUCUAUAGUUUGGGUAGUCAUACUUCUAGUGGUUGGUUUGUUUCAUGUGCUUCACUUAGUCUUCUGGGCAAAGAAGUGGAAGAAGAAGCUGAUGCAUAGCUCAAAGCGCUUGCCCGCAAUAGUUGGUCCACUUUGAGUGAGAUUUACCAAUUUGAGUGUACGACACAGUAAUUCUUGUAUAUUUCGUAAGAGAAAUAAGAUUGUGACAAAUAAUAAUUGUGAUCGGAUAUAAUCAUCACAUGAAAGCUAAAAAAUAGUAAACCAGCUAAGCUGUAUGCGGUAUGCCCAUUAGAUUAAACAAAUCAUAUUUUGAUCGAUCAUUUGUGUUAAAAAAAAUAUAAACAACUACGGUGGGCAGU